AAGCAGGCAGUCCUUGUAUCUGCAGCGGGUUGCAGAGCCUUGACUCUUUUUAGCUGUCUCAUAUUUUUACAAAAUUUUUAAGCAAAUCUUUUAAAACGUGCAGAAAGUUAUGGGAGCAUCUCCGGCUCCAGUCGUUUUAUUUACAUUACUAUGGCUUGCAAUCGGCGGUGUUAUGCCAUUUUUUGUACCAAAAGGUGAUAACCGAGGACUCAUUCAGACCAUGAUAAUAUUAACGGCAGUCUCAUGUUAUACAUUCUGGCUAUGCGCAUACAUGUCACAAAUGAACCCGCUCAUUGGUCCACAACUGGAGAAUGACACGUUGGUCAUCAUGAGGCACGAAUGGAUGUGAAACUACUGAACGCACAAGAACUACCAAUCUCAAGGAAUACCCCAGUCACAGUCUGUGUGCUUCCCAUUGCCGUGAUGUUGAGCUGUUGAUGUCACAAGUACUUCUCAAAGACAGCUUGACUACAAGCUCGUAGCUCACUUGCAGAGGUUGUGAUGGAGGGAGAAUCAGUGUGGUGGUGUCUCGUAGUGUAUUUCUCUUUCUUUGAACGAGUAUCGCUUGGUGGUAGCAAUUUGACGGCACCGUAAUCGUGUGCAUGCAUCUUUUGAGUAUGUAGUUGUACUGUGACAGUGUUCUGCACAAAAUACUUGUACGCAGGGCCCUAGAUGUG